AUGCAGUUUUCCGUUGCUAUCAGCGCCAUCCUUUCGGCCAUGGCCGUCCAAACCGCUCUUGCUGCUACCUGCGACGUCAGCGGGAAGAAAGAGAACUGCUGCUGGGGCAAGGACAACGAAUCCUGCCAGAAACAAAACCCCAACAAUGAGAUCUGGUGUCUUAAUGACAAGGCGAACUACUGCAGCAGAGUCAUGAAGCAGGGCACUAACACGCCUGUUUCCGCGACUUGCGACGCUGAUUGCUGCGAUACUGUCACCGGCUGGGGAACUGGAUGCCCCAAAUAG